GCAUUUAGCAAUCUCUAUGGAGUUCAUCCUUUUUAUAUGUGCAUAGAGAAUGAUUUUAAUGCUCAUGGUGUUCUCCUCUUGAAUUCCAAUGCCCAAGAUGUCACUCUGAGUCCAUUUCCUUCUAUAACAUUCAGGACCAUUGGAGGAGUACUUGAUUUCUAUAUGUUUCUCGGCCCCACUCCUGAAAAUGUUAUCCAGCAGUACACAGAGGCUAUUGGACGUCCCUAUAUGCCUCCAUAUUGGUCACUGGGAUUUCAGCUGUGUCGAUGGGGCUAUAAUAGCAUAGAUGUGCUGAAAAAAACGGUUGAACGUUUAAGACAGUAUGAUAUUCCUCAUGAUGUUCAGUAUGGUGACAUUGACUACAUGGAACGUCACUUGGACUUCACCUAUGAUAAAGCUAACUUCGCUGGUCUGCCCGAGUACAUUAAGGAACUGAAAAACGAUGGACUGCAUUAUGUCAUUAUUUUGGAUCCUUUUUUGACAAAAGAUGAACCACAAGGUACUUACAAGCCCUAUGAACUUGGAGAGGAGUUGGGAAUUUGGGUCAAUAACUCUGAUGGAGUCACACCAUUUGUCGGCAAAGCCUGGCCUCCAGGAGAUUCAGUGUAUCCAGAUUACACCAAUCCCCAAACAGCAGAAUGGUGGAUUCAUAUGUGUACAGAAUUCAAAAACGUCCUUGAUUAUGAUGGGAUCUGGAUUGAUAUGAAUGAACCAGCCAAUUUUCACAGUGACCAUCACCCAAAUUGUGAAGAGAAUAAUCUAAACUACCCACCCUAUGUGCCUGAUAUCUCAGGAGGACUUUUGGCUGAAAAAACAUUAUGUCCCAAUUCCAAGACUUAUCUGGGAUAUCAUUAUGAUACACACUCUCUGUUUGGCUGGUCACAAGCAAAACCUACUUUCUAUGCUUCUCAGAAUGCUACAGGAAAGCGAGCAUUUGUUUUGAGUCGUUCAACAUUUGUUGGGAGUGGGAAAUACACUGGCCAUUGGCUGGGUGAUAACUUUUCACGUUGGAAAGAUAUGCAUAUGUCAAUCAUUGGAAUGCUAGAAUUUAAUCUCUUUGGAAUUCCAUAUAUUGGAGCUGAUAUAUGUGGCUUUAACGAAGAGACAACUUACGAACUUUGCCUCCGUUGGAUGCAACUUGGGGCAUUUUAUCCCUUUUCCAGAAACCAUAAUGCAAUUGGAAAUAAGGAACAAGACCCUGGGGCCUUUGGAGAAGAGUUUGCUGAAAUUUCCCGUUCUGCAUUACGGAUUAGAUACUUAUUACUGCCUUACUUAUACACCCUCUUCUACCAUGCUCAUGUCAGUGGAAAUACAGUGGUCCGCGGAUUGAUGCAUGAAUUUACUUCAGAUCCUCAGGCUCAGGAAAUUGACAGAGCAUUCCUUUGGGGGCCAGCUUUAAUGAUUGCUCCGGUUCUCGAAGAGGGAGCAAGAUCUGUGGAUGUGUAUUUCCCUGAAGCAUCCUGGUUUGACUUUUAUACAGGGAGCCAUGUACCAGUCUCAUGGAAGAGGAGGUUUGUUGACGUUCCUGCUCCUCUGGAUAUCAUUCCUCUUUUCAUCCGUGGAGGAUAUAUUCUGCCAACACAGUUUCCAGCCAGAACAACAGAGCUGAGCCGUCUGAAUCCUUUCAGCCUCAUAAUUGCUCUAGAUGAACAGGGAGAAGCUUCUGGCUCCCUUUUCUGGGAUGAUGGUGAUUCUAUUGAUUCCAUUGAAAGGGAAGAGUACUUCUAUGUUGAGUACCAAUUCAGCAAUAAAGCUCUAAAAGCAACUGUGAUUAAAAAUGGUUACCAUGGAAUUGCGACUUUGGCAUAUGACACUAUUCAGGUUCUUGGUUUCACUUCAAAGCCAAAUGUUGUUUUUAUGAAUGGAGAAACCAUCCCAAGCAACAGAAUACAGUAUAAUUCCAAUGGGAAAACCAUUUUAUGGAUAUCUGUACCCCUUUUCCAGGAGCUGACCAUUUCAUUUGCGUACUGAAAAAAU